AUGUCUAAUGAAAAUGAAAAUAUUUCGAAUGGUAUCAAAAUUUCCGAUAAGGUUUCUAAUCUUCAACAAAAUGCAAGGUUUCUUUUCACUAGUUUUGAUGCUGUCAAUUUAGGACAAGGUUUUCCUGAUGACCCACCAUCGGAUCAAAUUAAAGACAUUGUAACAAGAGCAAUUUUUGAGCCCGAUUGUAAUCAAUACGCUCCUCCUAAAGGUCGAUUGCAUACCCGCCAAGUAUUGGCAAAUAGUUUUAGUCCUUUGUUUAAUAGAACCUUGGACCCUGAAACGGAAAUUAUUGUAACUGCUGGUGCUAAUGAAGACCCCGGAGAUCAUGCUAUUUUGUUCGAGCCUUUCUAUGAUCAAUACGUCGCCAACAUUACGAUGAAUGGCGGAGUACCUGUAUAUGUCCCCUUUCGUCCGACUAGUGAUCCGACCAAGAACAUGUCUUCGCGUGAAUGGAAAAUUGACAUCAAUGAACUUCGUUCCAAAAUUACAUCAAAAACCAAACUUAUUGUCUUUAAUAGUCCACAUAAUCCUACGGGUAAAAUUUUCUCGAGGGAAGAAAUGAUGGAGAUUGGAAAAGUAGCACAGGAAUUUAAUUUACUUGUCAUUAGUGAUGAAGUG